AUGCAGCUUCUUCUCUCCACCGUCCUCUCCGCCUUCGCGCUCACCGCCGUCUCGGCAAGCAUCGCUCCCAACUCGGUCGCCAAGCUCCAGCUCACGACCAAUACCGACCUCUGCGUCGGCAGCACCGGCACGGCCGUCGGCUCCCCGCUCUCGCUCGAGUCGUGCAACUCUGCGCUGACCACAUUCAACCUCCCUCGCGGCGCGCCCGGCACGGCCACCCAGCUCGCGCUCAACGCGACGCUCUCCGGCGCCGGACCUAAGGCUUGCGCUAGCGCCCAUGGCCUGGACGUCGACGGCACUCUCAUUCUCGACGUCUGCCAGGACGAUGCGGCUCAGCGUUGGACUGUCCAGGGCGAGACUGGAAAGGGCCCCAUUGUUGCUGGUACGGGCUCGGGCGUGUACUGCUUGACCGCCUCCUCCACCACGGAGGGAAGCGCUAUCACUUACUCGGCUUGCUCGGGCAGUGAGAAGCAGGAGUGGUCGCCUGUUGCCGCCUGA